UGGUUGCGGAGCGGUGGCGUUGUUCGGGCGAGCCGACGACGAGACCGUAGCUGUCUGGAAAUUUGUCUCGUGUGUCAGCUCAAACCUUUUCUUCAAAUAAUAGAUAUUUGUUCGUCCAAAAAUUUAACCCAUUUGCAUUUUAACACCCGUUGUCAGCAGAGUCUUGAAUUAGAGUGGAAAAUGGCUGCAGCUGAGGUGAAUGGAAGUUCUGCCCCGGUAAAGGAGGAAGAAGAGCCCAUGGAUGUGACAACAACGCACACGGAGAACUACCAGACACUCAUUGAUGCUGGGCUCCCGCAGAAAGUGGCUGAAAGUCUAGAUAACAUCUUCCAGACAGGCUUGGUGGCAUAUGUAGACCUAGAUGAAAGGGCCAUUGAUGCACUGCGAGAGUUCAAUGAGGAGGGAGCACUUACUGUGCUGCAGCAAUUCAAAGAGAGUGACCUGUCCCAUGUGCAGAAUAAAAGCGCUUUCCUUUGUGGAGUCAUGAAGACUUAUAGACAGAGAGAGAAACAAGGAAGUAAAGUACAGGAGUCCACAAAGGGCCCAGAUGAGUCAAAAAUAAAGGCUCUGUUGGAGAGGACAGGAUACACCCUGGAUGUCACCACAGGGCAGAGAAAAUAUGGAGGUCCCCCACCUGAGGAUAUGUUCAAAGGAACACAACCAGGGAUUGGAACUGAGGUGUUCGUUGGGAAAAUUCCGAGGGAUUUGUAUGAAGACGAGCUGGUCCCGCUGUUUGAGUCUGCUGGUCCCAUCUGGGACCUCAGGUUAAUGAUGGACCCUCUCUCGGGUCAGAAUAGAGGUUAUGCUUUCAUCACAUACUGCAAUAAAGACGAUGCCCAAAAGGCUGUGAAACUUUGUGAUAACCAUGAAAUUCGCCCUGGCAAGUACUUGGGAGUGUGUAUAUCCGUUGCAAACAAUCGCUUGUUUGUCGGAUCGAUUCCAAAGAACAAGACAAGAGAAAGCAUAUUGGAAGACUUUGGCAAAGUUACAGAGGGUCUCCAAGAGGUGAUUCUGUACCACCAGCCAGAUGACAAGAAAAAGAAUCGUGGCUUCUGCUUCCUGGAGUACGAAGAUCACAAAUCUGCUGCACAGGCUCGCCGCCGCUUAAUGAGUGGCAAGGUCAAGGUGUGGGGAAACCCGGUCACUGUAGAGUGGGCCGACCCCGUCGCUGAGCCUGACCCUGAGGUCAUGGCCAAGGUCAAGGUGCUCUUUGUGAGAAAGCUGGCCACAGCGGUGACUGAAGAGCUUCUUGAAAAGACGUUCUCUCAGUUUGGAAAGCUGGAGCGCGUCAAGAAAUUGAAAGACUACGCUUUUGUACACUUUGAGGAAAGGGACGCUGCUGUGAAGGCGAUGGAUGAGAUGAACGGGAAGGAGCUGGGGGGUGAGGAAAUUGAGAUCGUCCUGGCAAAGCCCCCGGACAAGAAGAGGAAAGAGCGCCAGGCAGCUCGGCAGACCACAAGGAAUUCAGGGUAUGAUGACUACUACUAUUACCCACCUCCACGCAUGCCCCCACCAGGCCGUGGCAGGGGCCGCGGUGGCCGAGGGGGCUAUGCGUAUCCCCCAGAUUACUAUGGAUACGAUGACUACUAUGAUGACUACUAUGGCUACGACUAUCAUGACUACCGUGGUGGCUAUGAAGACCCUUAUUACGGCUACGAAGAUGUGUACAGCAUGAGGGGCCGUGGUACUCGUCCAAAUAGGGGGGGACCUCCACCACCUAGGUCCCGUGGAGCACCACCAGCACGAGGCCGUGGUGGGUAUGCCCAAAGAGGGCCGCCCCUCGGUGGUCCGAGGGGUGGCCGAGGAGGCCGGGGAGCCCCUUUCCAGCCGCAGAGGGGCCGUGGUCCUCGUGGGGCGAGGGGCAAUCGUGGGGGCAACGUCGGCGGAAAGAGGAAGGCAGACGUGUUUAACCAGCCUGACUCCAAGCGCCGCCAGACCAACAACCAACAGAACUGGGGGUCCCAGCCCAUCGCCCAGCAGCCCCUGCAGCAAGGGGCCGACUAUUCUGGUGGAGAAGCAUUGAGAGCGGCACCCCUAGAAUGAGGAACUCACCUGAACUGUACUCAAGGGUGAGCUAGCCUUGCACAGAGUACUGUCUCCUCUCCUCUGGCUAUUUGUAAUCACUGGAGAAACAUAAGCCAUAAUUAUACUUUCUUCUUUUUAUUGUUUUCUCAUUAAUUCAAGAAAAAUCAAGCUUUAAUUUUAUUUUGUAGGAGUUACAUUUUUUUUCCAGGCCAGAGCAAAAUCACCAAAGUUGACUGAAGGAUAUUUAGAAAUAUCAAAAUUGGUUCUGUUGCCAGCACAUUUCUUGACAAUUCAUGACUUUGUUAGCCCUGCAAAUACCUGCUGCCUGUCUUGGCCUGCUGCACCAAAUCAGCUGUCUGCAGAAAUUCUGUGAACGGAGCGGUGGUUCCCCCCCUACACCGCUAGAGGUAGCAGUUCCACACAAGCAUGACUAGUAAUCCAUUGUUGCCUUACUCGACGAUGCAUUCAUUGGCCAUUUUCCAUUUUCCGAGUUGGGAAGGUGUUUAUAAAUUGGAAGAUAUUAAGUUGGGGAUCUGUGUUUCAAAUAAACGUCAAUAGCUGUGGGGAUUCUGAUUCGAUAUUGGCUUAAUUGGCUGAUGAUGGAACAAAGACUGCCUGAAAACUGAUGUUAGUACCUAUCAAAACCACAAGAUGGCAGUAGAUGGGCUUCAGUAUUUAUUAUGCACAGGUAAGAGUGAAAUAAAGAGCACUGUACUGAGCAGAAAGCUGAUUGAAUCAAUUGACACAAGAACUUUGUUUUAUUUUGAAGUGCCAUUAUAUGCUUGAGUAUUUUUUUUUCCUUUUCUCAUAUCAGAACUGUGUCUUUUAUAUGUUGCCUCUUGUCACCAGGCAGUAAAGGAGCUGCCCCCAUCCAUGUGAAUGAGUUCACACAAAUGGAGGGGACUGAUGGGUAAGAUUGUUCUUUAUCUGAACUAAUGCUCAGAAAGUGUCGACCUGUUACUGUCAUUUAAAUUUUACAUAGAUCAUUUUUUUUAAGUCCUGCCAUUCGCUGUGAUUCCCAGAGGCAGUAACUUCUGUGAGUUGUGUUAUUCAGCUUUAAGUCACAAAUCUGGCCUUAUUUUAAUCAAUGAUGUAUUCCAUCAUAGGCAUCACUAUUUUCCAGUUUGGUCCUGCUGUUGGUGUAAAUAGUCAUUGUGAUGAGAAGAAACUGCUUGACCCAUAUUUAUUAACAUGCCCAUGUCUGUGUGGCCUUUUCUAGCUCUAAAGCAGACUGUUUUCCACAAGGUUCGAGCCGUUCCCAUCACAAGGUGUUACAUCCCUCAGAAUGACGAAUGACCUACUUACAGGACCAGACAGUUGAGGUCCAGCUCUCAGGGGAACUCUAGCUGUCUACCCGGACACAGAAGCGCAGGAGGGUGCAGAUGAUGGACAUGUGAUCCAAAGCUCCAUCCAGCUGAGUGCUGCUUUUUAACUCCGUUUAAAGAAAUGCUACUGUGAAGGAGAAUAUGUUGCAUGUAAUUGUUAAAUACAACUUUUGUAACAAAGACAA